AUGACCAAGGCUAAGAAGUUCCGACCUAGCAAAGCUUUGACAGCGUAUAAUCUAUGUGCUAAAGAUUGGUUAAAAACAAACUCCGGACCAAGAGAUGAUUUCAGGUCAUACUACAAAGCUCUCAAUCCCUCUGUUAUCUUAUCUUUCGAAGAACAAGUUCUCGCCAUCAAAAAGGCUUCCUCAAUUGUUCUUCCAGCAGCUACUGUGACAUGA